CCCACCUUACAUUAAAAUAUUAUAUGCCGGGUUUGGCUAUACUAUUUCUGAGGACAUAAGUACCUACUCUAUACUUAAAGUAAGUACAUCAAAUUCAUACUACUAAAAAGUAAAAAUCACAUUCUAAGCUCCGCAGUCCAGGUUCAAAUAAUCCAAAAUGAACGUUGUCGAAACCGCCGAUCAAACAACUGGCAGUGUGCAUCUACGCUUGAUGAUAAGGAUGGAGGCAAAACAAAAAACCACUUGCCGGAAUUACAAUCUCGUAUAAAAUAUAGGUCAUUAUGAGGCUGCAUUCAGUGAUAGACGAGUUAUAGUUUGAAAAACAAGAUUCACGUGGUUUAUUAGCUUUGAUUUGAACGAUGCAUUUGGUAACAUUAUUAGAAUUUCAAUGCUUGAUCGCAGCGGGGUUUGCGAUCCCAUUCACUGAUUGGAAACUCGGUGGACAAACAAAUUUCGGAGGUGGAAUUCUUUUGAAUAAAUUACAGGAUAUCGGCGAGAAGGUGUACGACCGGAAGCGUGAGUUUCUGAACGGGAUCAAUGAAAAAGUGUCCAACCUACUGUGGAUACCACCGUUGAAAACAACGACGGAAGCACCGACAGCGACUCCGGUGGAUCUUUAUCCUGCUUUAUACCCUUAUCCUCCAGUGCAGGAAAAUGAUCAGUUGAUCUUUACGUCCGACGAUAAAGAUGAUUACACACCGAAUCUGGUAAUUUAUGCUCGGAGCAGCUUCCUAUCCCCGGACGAUCUGAUUGAGGUAUCAACACCAACUGCGCGGGAAACGAGGGUCAACGUGAUUAACAACUUCAGUCUGAUUAGAAAAUCCUUAUCAUAAUAAAUCCAUUAUUAGCGUAGUUUGCGAGAUUGGCUAUGAUGCUUCCGAAUCCUCUGUUUGUUUGUGCUGUACAACUAAAUCGCCGUUCAUAUCCACAACCGUCGCUGGUGCAUGAUUGCAGCUGGCCAUCGAGGACUGGUACGCAUCCAUAGCAUCCAUUGAAUUGGUGUUCGAUCCGCCGAAAUCCAUUUGAGGACCUAGAAACCGAAUACUCGAUGUAAUAUUUUGUAAUGAUUAAACUCAUGCUGUACUACCUGCUCGCGAGCCAACCGCAAACGUGAGCACCAAUAUGCAAACUAGUGUGCAAUUCAUAGUUGAAAAAAUAUUUCCCUCGAAACAAUGUCAACCGAUGUUUCUUCACGCUGAAAGUUGGACCAAAACUGUGUGCUGUUUGCUACGAAAUUUAUUCUAAGGUAUAGUUGAAUCGGAACCGAAGCUGUCAUUCUGUCUCGGUGGACGUCUAGUUCUUAUCAAUAAACGAAAAAAAUGAUCUGACACUCAGAAUCUGUGCAGGAGUCUGUUGAAACUAAAGCGGUGAG